GGAGCCGCACUUGCCACACGAAUACAGAGGAGGAACUCAACUCAGUCCACUACAGGAGAGUAACCGGGGUUAGUGUCUUGGCACUAAAGCUGUCCAAAAGCGUAUACCUAUAUUUAUUUAUAGGCAAAACAGUGAUGACGUCUACAAACAUGUGGAUGUCGUAAGAGGUGCGGUCAGAAGAAAAUCGCUGAUUGAGAAUCCAGUCGUCUAAACUCACAGGUACUAACAUUAAUCAAAAAUAUAUUUCAGUAUAUAAUUCAAAUGUAAAUUCUUUAGUUGGGGACAUACCUACAAAGUUAAAUCAGAAUAGUCGAAUCUUGACAAUAUUCAACUGAUAGUGGAAUCUUGUUUGGGAGAAGUUCAGACUCAGACUCAGCAUCACCGAAGCAUCAAAUCGACUUCACGGGGUGACCUUUAAUGUUUGAGUUAUAGGUUUUUUAAACGCUUUCAAAUCGUGUGUCAUAAAUAAAUAACUGUAGAUGUUUUCCCAGCACUAAAAAUGUCCAGAAUUGUUGAUGAUAGGAUUAAUGAAGUUACGAUAAUGGACACCGAAGACCGAAUAGAAAGUAUUGUUGAUAUCUACGACAGUGCAGAGACUGUAAGAGACACCGGGGACUUCAAAACAACAGUCCCUCAACACACAGGAAGUGAUGGUGUGAAGAUCAGGAGCUCCAGAGCAGCUGUGGUGUGUUUGGUGAUGCUGUGUGUUCUUCUGCUGACCGCGGUCUUUGCGCUGGGGGUGUACAUCCAUAAAACGGGCGCAAACUACGCAGAAGAGAGACGGCAGCUUCUAACCAGCUCAAGUCAAUUUAAUGAACUGUCAAAGUUUAUUCAAGAUGGAUGGAUUUAUCAGUUCACUGUUUACUACGUUUCCAAUGAGACGAAGAACUGGACUGAGAGCAGAAGAUACUGUACAGAGAGAGGAGCAGAUCUAGUGAUCAUAGAGAACAGACAAAAACAAGAUUUCGUGAAGAAGAUAUCCAAUGGAAAUGACGUCUGGAUUGAUCUGACCGACAGUGAAGAAGAGGGAACAUGGAAAUGGGUUGAUAACAGCACCCUGCCCUCUGACUCUGGGUUCUGGAAACAAGGAGAACCUAAUGGAGGUACAGAUGAGAACUGCGCUUUCAGUGGUUCAGCAGGACUGUUUGAUUAUACAUGUUCUAACCUUUUAAAAUGGAUCUGCGAGAGGAAAAAUAUAAAAUGACUGUAUUAUAUACAUGUUCAUUUACAGCCUAUAUAUUCCGAACAACUUAAACACCAAAAUCUAAUGAGUCAUUCCGUUAUUCUCUUACUACCAUUUGCCUUCGAUGUAAAUGAUUUGUUUUUUGUCCAUUUCUUUUGAUACUUCAUUUAUUACACGUUCCUGUCGCGUGUGACCCUUGCUGACCACUAAACUGAAUGCAGCUUAUAAAGGGGAGAUGAUGACAAUAUAUAAGACACUCCUGAACAUAAACUAUGUCACACAGAGCACAAAAAACACAACAAAAGUCCAUAAUUUUGACACAUUGUCUAUGUUCAGUAAUGUUCUCUAUGAAUUUGUCUAUUAAGUGAAAAAUGCUUUGUUUUUGACACUGUUGUUUAUUGUUUAAUGUCGCUUUUGUAGAAAGUUGCAGAAAUAUUAAAAUGUGUAUGGAAUAAAAA